AUGCGGGUAUUCAUACCGCCAUUUCGCAAAGCUGUCUGUCCAGAGGACGACCAACCUAGUUCAGUCGGCGCUGCCGCCGACUCAAAAUCCACUCCGUCAUCUAUCGAACGAGUUAAAAUAGAAGGGAGCGGUACGCAUUGGCUGCGUUCGCGGCUCAUGGCAUGCUGUGUCUUACACGAAAAUACGGCAGAGAUGAGGGAAGGUGCACCCAGGAUACCGCCAACAACUGCUGCGGGCCGCACUGAGGCCACAGGCCCAAUCACGUCCAGCGAAUUUCUCGGAUACAAGGUGUUGUACACAAAACGCUCUUUGAAGAAACGGAAAAGAUACAAUGACGGGAUUCUUCUAGUAAAGGCAGGAAGCCUAGUGUUAAUUAAUGAUGCCGGAACAGAUGUGGCUAAGUUAAGCGUAAAGCGUGGUUGGUCGGACGAUAAAGGCCCCGGAUCAACUCUUGUCCUCGGAAACUUCGAGCUUGAGCUCUGCGAGCGUAUUCUAAAGGAAGAUUAUUCCUCUGGACGUUCCUUCAUUAACAACUGCGAAUCGAGCCGGAUCCAGAUUAAUGAACCGCAAGCCAAAGCGACGAGGCGAUUCCGUACUCCUGCACAGUCUCACCACUUGUAUCACUGGAGAGAGACGUCUACCAAGGAAGUAACUGUGCCGCCCGGCGCGCUCCAGAUUGCUGUUUGGGAAGAACCGACAGGCGCGCACCAACCGAUAUGGAUUGAUGCUUUCCUGAAUACGCAUCUUAGACCUCACCAAAAGGAAGGCGUAUGUUGGAUGUAUAGCCAGCUGCUCAAGGGAGAAGGCUGCAUUCUCGCGGAUACAAUGGGACUAGGAAAGACAAUCCAGGCUCUGUCUCUGCUGUGGGUGGCAGUGUCUCAGCCCGCAUGGCGACGGCCACUUGCAUCCAAGUGCUGUGUCGUAUGUCCAGCCAGUCUUGUUGGCAACUGGACUCAUGAGAUCAAGAAGUGGCUCGGCAACAGAAUAACCUUUUUGGUAGCAUCCGGCGAUGGGAAGGAAACGAAAACAACUCUGCAGCAGUUUGCUGCCGCAAAUACAUGCAAGCUCGUCAUCAUCUCGUACGAUCAACUGAGGAAGCUCUCUGGUAGUAUUACCUCCUCUAUUGACAUGCUUAUAUGCGACGAAGGCCACCGCCUGAAGUCAUCAAGAACCCAGACAGCACGCAACCUGCUGCAGCUGCCUUGUAAACACAGAAUAAUCCUUUCUGGGACCCCACUUCAAAACGACGUGGAUGAGCUGCAUGCUUGCUGUUCUUUUGUACGACCGGGAGCUAUGCCAGAUCAUCGAAUCUUCGCAAAGGUCUUCAAGGAGCCUAUUUUGAAGGCGCGCUUGCCGACAGCCACCAUGGCUGAGAAGCAACUGGGUAAAAUACGGGUCAACGGUGUAUCAGCUGUGCAGUCUCGGUUCAUGCUACGUCGGACCGAUGAAGUCCUGAUUCCAUUUGUGCCGCCUAAGAAAACGAUUGCCAUCUUCGUGAACCUCGUGGACCGGCAAAAACUCAUCUAUGAGGCGGUCUGCAACCCCGCUCAGGCAGCUCAGCUGAGUGUGAAAGGAAGAAGACAACUCGACGACGUUAUGAGGGCUAUACUUAGUAACCCACUGUACAUCAAUGCACGUCGAAAGCGACGCAGUCCCUUCAGCAAUCAGUUGCAGGGAAUUCCGGACACAUUCGAAGAUGCGGUUUUUGGAGGGUCUGCUGGCAUCCAUCCGAGCCUCAUCGGACGACAAGGUUUGAGCAGUUGCGUGUGGCCUGAUUGCGAGACUAGGCAUUCCAUUAGUCCUUCUUCACAGGUUGUUAUUGUUAGCAAUUUCACUUCUACUCUGGACAGUAUUGAAAUUGCCAUGCUAGCCAAAGGUUACACGUUCCUGCGGCUUGAUGGAUCCACACUCGUGAAGGAGCGCACCGGCAUUGUACAAUCUUUCAACGAGAGCAAAGAGUAUUUCGCGUUUCUGUUGUCGUCCAAGGCUGGAGGAGUGGGUCUGAACCUGACAGGAGCGAACAGGCUCAUUUUGGUAGAUCCUGAUUGGAACCCCGCCAACGACAAGCAGGCGCUCUCGAGGGUAUGGCGCCCAGGCCAGAAAAAUCCGGUGUACAUAUACAGGCUUAUCGGCGCCCGAACGAUCGAGGAAAGAAUCCUUCAACGGCAACGCUAUAAGACAACUCUGUCUGAGGUGGCGCUGCGCGUUCUACGCCGUAAAUGCAAGCCAUGA